AGUUGCGGCGGAGCUGGGACUGGAGACCCGCGGCCCCGGCGCAGCGAUGGGGAAGGUCUGAGCUCCAGCCUCUCCCCCUGCCCGAGAGCAGCCGAGGCUGGAUACAUUUUUUAAAAGCCAAACUGCAAACAACUCUGGCGAUGCCAAAAUUCCCCUCCAAGUGACACGGCUUUGCGAAGGAGGUUUCCUCAGCCUGGGCUCUCUUACUCGCUCUGCUUCCUCAGCGACGAUUAAAGGCUUUGCUCUGGCAACAGGAAUUUAGAAAAAAAAAAAAAAAAAAAACUGCGCUAAACUCUAUCGUGACCUCAAACUCUUCGGACUGGUUUAAAAAAUAUAUUGAAAGAGGAACCAUCCUAAAAGAGAUUCAGCAUUGGAGGAGAUGGAAGUUUUCCCCUUGCUCUUGGUUUUGUCCGUCUGGUGGUCUCGAACCUGGGACUUGGCGAAUGCGGAUUCAAUCAUUCAUAUCGGAGCAAUUUUUGAUGAAUCUGCCAAAAAGGAUGAUGAGGUGUUUCGCACGGCAGUUGGUGACCUCAACCAGAAUGAGGAGAUUUUACAGACUGAGAAAAUCACAUUUUCGGUGACAUUUGUUGAUGGAAGCAACCCUUUUCAAGCAGUUCAAGAAGCCUGUGAACUUAUGAAUCAAGGCAUCUUGGCCCUGGUCAGCUCCAUUGGCUGCACGUCAGCAGGGUCUCUCCAGUCUCUGGCAGAUGCCAUGCAUAUCCCCCACCUCUUCAUACAGCGCUCAACAGCUGGGACCCCAAGGAGUGGCUGUGGACUCACACGGAGCAACAGGAAUGAUGACUACACUCUCUCUGUGCGCCCACCUGUCUACUUAAAUGAGGUUAUCCUGAGAGUGGUCACAGAAUACGCCUGGCAGAAAUUCAUUAUAUUCUAUGAUAGUGAAUAUGAUAUCCGUGGAAUACAGGAGUUUUUGGACAAGGUGUCUCAGCAGGGAAUGGAUGUUGCAUUGCAGAAGGUAGAAAACAACAUCAAUAAAAUGAUCACCACUCUUUUUGACACCUUGAGAAUAGAGGAAUUGAAUCGCUAUCGAGACACUCUUAGGCGAGCCAUCCUUGUUAUGAAUCCUGCUACAGCCAAAUCUUUCAUUACUGAGGUUGUGGAGACUAAUUUGGUUGCUUUUGACUGUCACUGGAUCAUUAUAAAUGAGGAAAUAAAUGAUAUGGAUGUUCAGGAACUUGUAAGAAGGUCAAUUGGAAGGUUAACAAUCAUCCGGCAGACAUUUCCAGUCCCCCAGAACAUAAGUCAGCGAUGUUUCCGUGGCAACCAUCGAAUAUCUUCAACAUUGUGUGAUCCAAAGGAUCCAUUUGCUCAGAAUAUGGAGAUUUCAAACCUUUACAUAUAUGACACUGUGCUUUUGCUUGCUAAUGCUUUUCAUAAGAAACUGGAGGACCGAAAGUGGCACAGCAUGGCCAGUUUGUCUUGUAUCAGAAAGAACUCCAAGCCCUGGCAGGGAGGGCGUUCCAUGCUGGAGACCAUCAAGAAGGGUGGAGUCAGUGGGUUGACUGGAGAACUAGAAUUUGGAGAGAAUGGAGGAAAUCCCAAUGUUCACUUUGAAAUUCUUGGAACCAACUAUGGAGAAGAGCUUGGCCGAGGUGUUCGCAAGCUUGGGUGCUGGAAUCCUGUCACAGGGCUGAACGGGUCACUGACUGACAAGAAACUAGAGAAUAACAUGCGUGGAGUGGUUCUACGUGUGGUGACUGUUCUGGAAGAACCUUUUGUAAUGGUCUCUGAAAAUGUCUUGGGUAAGCCGAAGAAAUACCAAGGCUUCUCCAUUGAUGUUUUGGAUGCCUUAUCUAACUACCUGGGUUUUAACUAUGAAAUUUAUGUUGCACCGGAUCACAAGUACGGAAGCCCACAAGAAGAUGGGACGUGGAAUGGCUUGGUAGGAGAACUAGUCUUUAAGAGAGCCGACAUAGGGAUUUCUGCAUUAACCAUCACACCAGAUCGUGAGAAUGUGGUGGACUUUACAACACGCUAUAUGGACUACUCAGUGGGAGUGCUACUUCGAAGGGCUGAAAAGACAGUGGAUAUGUUUGCUUGUCUCGCACCAUUUGAUCUCUCUCUAUGGGCUUGCAUUGCUGGCACUGUUCUUCUGGUGGGUCUUCUGGUCUACCUCCUGAAUUGGCUUAAUCCCCCACGAUUACAAAUGGGAUCAAUGACUUCUACUACUCUCUACAACUCCAUGUGGUUUGUGUAUGGAUCCUUUGUACAGCAAGGUGGAGAGGUCCCAUACACGACUCUGGCUACUCGAAUGAUGAUGGGGGCUUGGUGGCUAUUUGCAUUGAUUGUCAUCUCAUCUUACACAGCAAAUCUUGCUGCUUUCCUCACUAUUACCCGCAUCGAAAGCUCCAUCCAAUCGCUCCAGGACCUUUCCAAGCAAACAGACAUCCCUUACGGCACAGUACUGGACUCUGCAGUAUAUGAGCAUGUCCGAAUGAAGGGAAUGAAUCCUUUUGAAAGGGACAGCAUGUAUUCCCAAAUGUGGCGGAUGAUCAACAGAAGCAAUGGAUCAGAGAAUAACGUUCUGGAAUCCCAAGCAGGCAUUCAAAAGGUAAAAUAUGGAAAUUAUGCCUUUGUGUGGGAUGCAGCCGUAUUGGAAUAUGUGGCUAUCAAUGACCCAGAUUGUUCAUUUUACACCAUCGGGAAUACGGUUGCUGAUCGGGGAUAUGGAAUCGCACUGCAACAUGGCAGUCCUUACAGGGAUGUUUUUUCACAAAGGAUCCUGGAGCUUCAGCAGAAUGGUGACAUGGACAUCCUGAAGCACAAAUGGUGGCCCAAGAACGGCCAGUGUGACCUGUACUCCUCAGUGGACACAAAGCAGAAAGGAGGUGCCCUAGACAUAAAGAGCUUUGCAGGAGUCUUUUGCAUCCUGGCGGCUGGAAUUGUCCUCUCCUGCUUUAUAGCCAUGCUGGAGACCUGGUGGAACAGGAGGAAAGGCUCCCGGGUCCCAUCGAAAGAGGAUGACAAGGAAAUUGACCUGGAGCACCUCCAUAGACGUGUAAAUAGCUUGUGCACAGAUGACGACAGCCCCCAUAAACAGUUUUCCACCUCGUCAAUUGACUUGACCCCUCUGGACAUUGACACUUUGCCAACACGACAAGCACUGGAGCAAAUCAGUGAUUUCAGGAACACUCAUAUCACCACAACAACCUUUAUCCCAGAGCAGAUCCAGACUCUUAGCCGCACAUUAUCAGCUAAAGCUGCCUCCGGUUUCGCUUUUGGCAACGUGCCUGAGCACCGAACUGGCCCUUUUAGGCACAGGGCACCUAAUGGGGGCUUUUUCAGGAGUCCUAUAAAAACAAUGUCAUCUAUUCCUUAUCAACCAACUCCUACCCUGGGGCUCAAUCUGGGUAAUGAUCCAGACCGAGGCACCUCCAUUUGAGCAUCCAACAAAAUCUCUUCACUGUUUCUUUCGUAGGACUCCCUUUGCAAGGAGCAACUGUAAUAUUGUGGGACUAACAUGGAUGUAACAUUAAAAAAAAAAAAUCAGGAUUAUUAGUAACAAUUAUAGUUCUUUCUCUCCACCUUCUCCGUCUUCUCUCUCUUCUAUUUCUUUCUCUUUUUCCCCUCUCUUUCUGUACAUUUCCCUCCACUUUUUUUCAUUACUCAACUUGUUUCCCCAGAAUAUAGUAUACUAGGAUCCUAUUAGUCCGCUUUUCAUAUACUGUACUUCAAGUAUAGGAAAUGUGCACUGAGUAUACUAAAAGUAUAUGCAGGAUUAAUUUUACAUAAAGGCCUCUUACAUAACAUUUCUCUAUUUUUAAAAAUAUAAUUGCAAUAACUUCCGUCUUUUUACAUUCUUCUGCUGCAUCCAUACAACGCUCCACUGCUGUUGAGUGUCCUUUAACUGUGGACCAAAGGCAACCCCUGCAGUGUUUAUAAAAUAAUUUCAAGACCAUUCAGGCCACAUAAUAUGAGAAUGCAAUUUUGUAGGAUUACAAAAAAGCCAUUAAUAUGCCAGUCAAGACUACAGUUAAAACUACUCUCGCACUGCAACAGUGCAUAUGACCUUUAUGUGAUUGUACAGUAUUAAAAGUUUUUCUUAUGUACAGUAAACUUUAUCAUAUGGCAGAAGCCUCUGUUGUGUUAAAUAAAUUAGUAUCUCAUCUAUAUAUACAUAUAUAUGCACCUAUAUAAUGUGUAUAUAUAUCAAAGGGCGGCCAUUGCUAUUGCAAUUCAUUUAAUAAAGCUUUAGUUUAAAAAAAAAAAACAAAGCAUUGUAUACAAGAACUAUGUAUAGGGCAGGGGGUCUUUUCAGUUAGAAAAGGCAGGUUGCUUUAAUGUUCUUCUGACUCGCAUUGUUUGC